ACCUCGAUUCCGAGAAUAAAAUUUCGCGCAAGAGACAUUAUAGGCUCAAUCGGGUAAUCGAGGUGUCUCAUGCUUGGUGAUUUUUCUAUAAAGAAGUUCUCAUCGCUUAAAGACGUUAAAGUGUUUCUAGAUAACUGUUGUGGAAAAGUUGUGAAAAAUGAGUUUAAUAGUUGAAGUGAAACAAGGUAAACUCAGAGGUAAAAGGAAUACCUCGGUGUUGAGUGGAAAGAGAUUUUGUACUUUUUCUGGUAUACCAUAUGGUAAACCACCUGUAGGCGAUUUAAGAUUUCGGCCUCCCGAACUAGCUGAGAAAUGGGAAGGUAUAUUGGACGCGACUUGCGAAAAAAAUAUCUGCAUUCAAAGGAACGAAUUUGUAGGGGGUGAUAUAAAUGGAUCGGAAGAUUGCCUUUAUCUCAAUAUAAAUACACCUCAGGAUCCCAGUAUUAUAAGAACCCCUAAAGCUGUCAUGGUGUUCAUUCAUGGAGGUGGUUACCAUUUUGGAUCUGGUUCAGAGAGAUGGUACUCUGCUGAUUAUUUAGUCGAGCAAGAUGUCGUCGUGGUUACAGUGAAUUACAGAUUACAUGCACUGGGAUUCCUAAAUCUAGGCAUACCAGAAUGUCCUGGUAACGUUGGCCUGAAAGAUCUAGUCUUGGCCUUGAAAUGGAUCAAAGAAAACAUCACACAAUUCGGAGGAGAUGCUGAUAACAUAACCAUCUUCGGUGAAAGUGCUGGAGCGUCUUCAGUUCAAUUCCUCAUGAUAUCUCCUCUUGCCAAAGGAUUGUUUGACAAAGCGAUCCUACAAAGUGGUUUUGCAUUGGUAUCCUGUGUAUUAUCACACGACUACGAAUCGAUAGCUAAAGAACUCGGAAAAAGGCUCAACUUUCGCGGAGGAAGUGUUUACGAAUUGCUGGAUUUCCUGAAAAAGCAGGAUGCCUCUAAAUUGACUCUAGCCAGCAACUUGAUGAGGCUGGAACACAUUCAAAAACAUCCAGGUAGAGCAAUGUCGGGGUUAUUUGUUCCUUCGAUUGAAACUGUCAAAGAUGGCGCAUUCCUGCCUGACACACCUGAAAAUCUUUUAGAGAGUGCGGAUCCAAUACCGACCAUUUAUGGAGUCAACAACAAAGAGGGGAUUUUGUUUUGCGAAUUGGCAUCGCCAACUACGAUGGCUAAAUUAAGAAGCGAUUUUUCCAUAAUUUUGAAAAACAAUUUCCAAAUCCCUUCUGCCUAUUUACCCGAUUUGAGUGAGAAAGUUCAGAAAUAUUAUUUCGGUUAUAAAAAAGUAGACUUCAGUGACGAAUUAUUCGACCUUUAUACAGAUUUAUUUUCCUAUCGACUUUACGACAGUAUCGAAAAACUUUCGAAAUCAUCGAAUCCUCCGUUCGUUUACGAGUUUUGUUACGAUGGAAAUUUAAACAUUUAUAAAAAAAUGUUCGCCGGUGGUGUUUUUCCAAAAGCUAAAGGAGCCUGCCAUGCUGACGAACUUCCUUACAUUUUUUCAAUGAAAGUACUCCCGAAAGCACUCCCCUUAAUUGGCGAUGAUCUCAAAGUGAUCCAGAAUAUGACCUCUUUUUGGGCAAAUUUCGCCAAAACUGGAGUUCCUGACGAAGAUUUAUGGAAACCUUCCACUUCCAGCGAACCUCGUUACUUAAGAAUUGAUCGAAAAUUGACCCUAGUCGAAGGAAAAGUCUAUGGGAAACGAUUACAAUACCUGAGAAACUUAUUGGAUCCGGUGAUCGAGUCUUAUAACUUGUUUUAAUCUUUUUUAAAAUUUUUUUUAUUGCACAUUAUGAACUCAUCAAAAAAUAAACUUGUAAAAAUAC